UUGCGAUGCGGACGGGGCCGCGGCGGUGACCCGAGCUGCCGCCCGACAUGAACUCGCUGGAGCAGGCGGAAGAUCUCAAGGCUUUUGAGAGGAGACUUACAGAAUAUAUUCAUUGUUUGCAACCUGCCACUGGACGUUGGAGAAUGCUUCUUAUAGUGGUCUCUGUCUGCACAGCUACUGGUGCCUGGAACUGGUUAAUAGAUCCCGAGACACAAAAGGUGUCCUUCUUCACAUCUUUAUGGAAUCACCCAUUUUUCACUAUUAGCUGUAUUACUCUAAUAGGCUUGUUCUUUGCCGGAAUACACAAGAGGGUCGUUGCACCAUCAGUUGCUCGAUGUCGAACUGUAUUAGCAGAAUACAACAUGUCUUGUGAUGAUACAGGAAAACUCAUUUUGAAACCUAGGCCUCAUGUUCAGUGACAGUCUGCACUCAUUGUUCUGGGACCUAAAACAGCCUUUCUUCAAAUGAGUGAUAAAGCAAAAAGCCAUAAAGGAUUCCUUUUACAGUUGGAUAUGUGAAGGUCAUAGCAACAACUGACAAGAAGUGUGCAAUAUUUACCCAGAUGAUCUCGAUGAUGAUGACUCGUCUCCCCCGUGCUUGGUACCUUUGAUUAUCUGUGUUACAGUAUUAGUGUCACUUUAGUACUUCAGACCCUGCAGAGACUUCUGCAGAUGAAGUAUGUCUGUAUGUUACUAAGUUAAACUUAGAAACAGAACCUCAUCCAGUUUUUAUAAUGUAUUUUUGCAAACUACUGUAAAUAGCAAAUCAAUGCCAAUGUCAAAGAGGGAAGCGUUCCGUGGACUUUGUUCUCCUGCACCAGUAUUGUGGGAGCAUCCAUUGGCCGGCCCUGUGGCUCUUCACACCCAGCUAUCAUGCAUAGCUGUGCCUUUCAUUCUUACACCCCUCUGUUCUAAUCAUAAUGCAAGAAAAACAUCGGAUCGAGUGUAAACUGAGAAAGACUCAUCUCCAUUAUGUUGUGAGAAAUUAUAGAUACUCUUCUGAGAAACCAUUUUUGUUAAACCAGAUAGUGAACUUCAACCACUCUCAUGGUAACCAUUUCCGGUUUGUUGUUUUCCUUCAAUGCUAAAUAUACUUUAUAUUUUUUUUAAUAAUUUUAAGAACACUCCAAAGGCUUCUGAAUAUACAAGUUUAGUUAUAAAUUAUGUACUGUCUGGGAAUUUGAUAGUCCUUGUUUUAGAUCAUUGGAUCUUAACGCCGCGGUUGGCGUGCUGUUACACUAGUGUUGCACGGGUGUAAUUGAUCAGCCGCUCCAUCACGGGGUGACUUGGGAGCGGCGCCCCAAACUAGAGUCUACAAUUCUCACUGUUCCGAGAGUGUUAAUGACAUACUGUGUACGCAUUUUAGCCACCUGUACUAUAAUUGCCCUUAAUCUUAAACUAUUGGGAUUGCUGUAAAUAUUUUAAAGAACUGGAGGUGCCUUUUACCUGUUUAUUAGAUGAUUUUGAAAAGGUUUAAAUUAUUUCAUGAGCAGUCUUUUAAAUUCCAUUUAACAUGAAGCUGAAAAUUCACUCACAGGACAAAAACUUUUUAACAAGGCUACCAUUUAACUUAACUGUCCAUCUUGGCUUUGAUGUGUUUGAGAUUUUAUUCUUGAAACUGCAGCAAUAAGACCCUCUCUGCUCCUACGAAGUCAUCAGAGGGUACUCUAUGUAUUCGGCAUAGUUUGAUUGUCUGUAAAUUUUGUAGGUAAAUAUGUGCAUAAAAAUAAAUACUUUAUAUA